AUGGUGCGGUCUCAACCCCCGAAUUCGAGACCGCAAGACCGUGCGGUCCGGUCCGCGGUCCUCGACCUAAGGACCAAGACCGCACCAUGCAGAGGCCUAACCCCACGUAAGCUUUCUGAAGAGGAUAGAGAUCGUAUUUACGAUGCAAUCCAAUCGAAUCCGUCUAUCACACGUGAAGAUCUACUAAAAGAGGUGGAUUAUAAGGUUAAAACCUCUUCAAUCUGGCGGUUAACGCAUGAAAUGGGUCUCCGGAAGUGGCGUAAGAUGGAUAGACCCUAUCUUACACCUGAGCACGCGGCAAAGCGCCUCUCUUGGGCCCUUACCUAUCGUCACUAUACACCAGAAGAUUGGAAGCGAGUCUUUUGGUCGGAUGAGACUACAAUUGAACGAGGGCAGGGUGCGCGAAAGGAGUGGACCUUCGUUCCGCCAUGGAAACAGCUUCAGGAACGGUCGCAUGGCGUUCAGAUGUCUCUUUCGAAGUCAAAACAGAUAAAACAGAUGUUUUGGGCUUGCUUUGCAGGUUCGCCUCGAAAGACUGGCCUAAUUCCACUAUACGGAGACCCUAAAGCAGACAAGAAGGGUAUCACGAAGGAGGUUAUUCACGAUCUCUACCAAAGAAUCCUACCGACCUUAUUAGAUAAUGAGGACGCGAUAUUUCAACACGACAACGCACCUACGCAUACUGCAUUAAUUGUACGUGCUUUACUGCGAGAGUUAAAUAUCACCGUCAUGGAUUGGCCGCCUUAUUCGCCUGACCUAAAUCCAAUUGAGAACCUCUGGGCGCUGCUGAAGGCAGAUAUCCUAAAGAUUCGGCCAGAUCUGCGAGAUAUGCCUAAUAAUGAGGAGACUCUAGCUGAAUUGGUGGAUACUGCUCAAUUUGCAUGGGAAAACCUGACUAUCCGGCACUUUGUUAACCUAGCUGAGACUAUGCCUCAUCGUGUUGAGGAGGUAAUUAGAUACGAAGGAUGGCAUACUAGUUAUUGA